CAGUCACGGAUAACCUUGAUAACCGUGAUAACCUUCCCAGGAUAGCUUUCUCGUGAUGAUCAUGGACUGCCAGCAGACGCUCCGAUUUUAGGACUUUGUAGUGCCGGUACGCAGUGUGCAUGCUGCAGCGCUGCGCGCGCGGCCUGUUGCUCGUGGUGGUGCCUACUCACCCCAUCGCCGGACUACGGAGGUUUGCCAGCAAUGGACAAAUUCAACUUGGAACACAAGCCGACUAUCGCUCCCGGUAGCCCUAGGAAGAAGCCAGCAGGUCAUUCCAGCCGCCCACCACCACCACUGCGACGCUCGCUGAGCGUGGCCAAACGCCAGUUCAGUUGGCGAGAGCCGAUUCGACCUUUCGUUUCAUCCACUUUCCGUGAUUUCCAGAAGGAGAGGGACGUUCUAGUGAAGCGGGUCUUUCCGAAACUGGAGCAGCUUUGCCGCUUGCGUGGAACCUACUUUGCUCCUGUGGAUUUACGCUGGGGAAUCACGGAGGAGCAAGCGGGCUCAGGAGAUAUCAUUCGACUGUGCCUGGACUAUGUAGCCAAAUCACGGCCGUAUUUUCUGGGACUGAUCGGAGAGCGAUACGGGUCUCACCAGCCACCACCGCCAGCUGCAGGGGAAGAACCCGGCGACAACGCAUCACUAGUAACGUUAGAAGCUGCCACGACUUGCACACACGGUGGUGCCGUGGAGACCAGCAGUCACGGUGCUACCAAUACACCAGAUCUGAUAACGCUAUCCACGCCGUCCUGGCCUCUCAAUGGUGUAGGUGGUGAGAGUGGUAGUGCCGACGGUGGUGGCGGCAAUAGCGGUACUAGCAAUAAACACGCCGGUAGCCAUGGCCCCGGGCCUGGAGCAGACCUAUCCGACAAUUGGAUUGCCAGAAAUUUUAGAGUAGCUGCAAAGGCCGGCUACCCGUGGCUGCUGGACACACAGUACAGAAGCUACAGCAUAACGGCGUUGGAAGUUGAGCUGGCGGCGUUCCGAGAACGUUUCCCCUAUGCACGUUUCUACUUUCGAAAUCCGCAGCUCGCCGAUUCCACCAACUUGGCGCACGCUAUGGCGGAAAGCGAGUUUGCAGCCGUUUCCAUGCAGCAGCUGAAGCAAAAAAUUGUAGAAUCUGGCCUUCCAGUUUUCCAGUACAAUACUUACGAAGAGCUGGCUGAUGCGGUUAUGGGCGAGUGGCGUGCUAUUAUUGAUGAAGUCUAUCCUCCGCUGGCCGCAGAGCUGAGUCCAGCCAUGACGAUCAGCAAAUCAAACACAGUCGCCAGUGACCUGUUCAGCGAGUGGGCUGCACACGAGGCCUUCGCCGAGAGCAGACGCCGGGCAUUCGUGGCCACGCCAGAGCUUGACACGGUCCUGAGUGCCCUGGAGACACAUGUAGCCGUGAACGAUGGCGAGGGCGGUGAUGGCAAGCCCAGCAGUCCUUCGGCCAACUUGCUACUGGAGUCACGUGCUGCAUGCAUUGCCAUCCUGGUCGGCGAGAGAGGCAGCGGCAAGAGUGCCCUGCUGGCAAACUGGAGUAAAGCGAUCAGUGCUGAUGAGCCUGAUGUACACGUAGUGACGCAUUAUGUUGGCAGCAGCUCGAGCAGUGCAAGUCCCCUUGGCUUCAUGCUGCACUGCAUAGCCGAGCUGCGGUCGCGCUUUCUGGACUUUGACGGCAAUGAUCGACAGCAGCAGAAUGAGGAUCAGCUGGAUCUGAGCCGUGUCAAGGCUGCCUUCGGUGCAGCGCUGGCGCUAGGUCGAUCCCUCAUCAUUCUUGAUGGCCUGGAGGAGAUGAGUCGUGAAACCGUUGGCGAAGGAGAGCUAGACUGGCUGCCAAGCUCACUGCCGACGCGGUCUUGCAUGGUGGUGUCGACGGGAGAGAAUCACAGCUCGUUUAAAGCCCUGAAGCGGCGCCCAGACACGCAGGUCAUUCGGAUGCCGCUGCUGAAGAAUGACGAUGCUAAGCGGCAGCUUGUCCGCUGCCAUCUCGCUGUCCACUGCAAACAACUAAGCGAGGACCAGCUCAGCAGAGUAGUAUCAUCUCCGCUGGCCGACAAGCCAUUCUUCCUGGCAUCACUGGCCAACGAGAUGCGUAUAUUCGGCGAGCAUGAGAAGGUCAGCGAGCGCCUGAGCUACUACCUGGCAGCCAAGUCCCCCAGCCACCUCUGGACGUUGGUCAUUCAGCGGUGGGUUACCGAUUACGGCCAAGACAGCAUUCAAUCGCAGAUACCACACUCACAGUCCACUACAGAUGGCUCUCAAGCUGCAAAAGACGGCUGCAAAAGCAGCAAUGUGCAUGCAGCAGCAACUAAACCUGCUGGCCAGCUAAGUGGUUGGGUAGCGGCUGCUCUGCAGCUUCUAGCCGUGUCCCGGCAUGGACUAUCGGACAGCGAAGUCCUGGUAGCGCUGCAGACCUGUGGCUACCCACAACUGACCUCGCUGGACUGGGCCUCGUUCCGCUCGGCCGCCGGUGAUGCGUUGUUUGAGCGACAAGGAGGCAUGCUCAGUUUCUUCCAUCAGCAUCUCCGUGCGGCAGUGUUUGACUGUCUGCUAGAUGUACGGCAUGCUGAUGUGACGGAUGCUGCCGAUCUCCAGACACACAACCCGUGGAUGGCAAAGAAGGCUGUGUGGCAUCGCGUGUUGGCCGAUUAUUUCCAAGCAACUAAGCCUUCGAUCCGGCGCACUGAGGAGCUGCCUUGGCAGCGUCUGAUGUCCAGUGACAUGGCGGGUCUUCAGCGUGCCGUGUGUGAGCCGCCGAUCUUUCUGGAUUGCGUCGACUGGCAAAACAACCAAGGACGCCUGCGACUGGAUCUGAUGACCUACUGGCGUGCCCUGGAGAAGUCUGGUAUCGAUCAACUCACUUCCUAUCGCUCUAUGCUGGAGACGGAGAAGGCAUUGCUGACACGCGGGGGUCCUAAAGACAGCAAUGCAGACCGCCAGAGCACUGUGCAGCGCUAUUACGCUCUUCUGGCCAGCAUGGUUGGGCGUUUCCUGGCGGCCGCAUCGAAGUUCACGGAUGCCGCCGAUGUGCUGCGGGAUGCAAUGGAAUAUGCUCAAGAGGUGCACGGAUGUGAAACGGAUGAUGCGCCGUGCACCACCGGCGACCACCAGGAGUUUAACAGUGUCCGCUUACUCGGCCCGGUAGAGCUGCUUAGCUCCGUUCAGGAGCAACUAGCAUCGUUGAACCUGUUCCAGCUGCACAUCAGCGAAGCAGAGCGUUGGUUCCGUGAGGCUCUGCGUACCACUGGCUUCUCGUUCGUGCUCGAUGAUGCCGACGAUGAUAGCCUCUACGGAAUGGAUCCGAAGCUUGUGUUACGCCGCGGCCGCUUGCUGGACUCACUCGGCUUCCUGAAGGCCAAGGACGCUGGCCCACACGCUGCCAGCAUGCAGCAGGAGGCCUGGUCACUACUGAUGAAAGCCAAGGCCUAUCUGGACACGGCCAACAACACGCCAAGCCAGGCUGAUGUUCUCUACCACAUUGCCGUGUGUGACUCUCGCCUGGGCAGACUAAAGGAGGCCGAGGAGGGCAUGCGCGGUGCUCUCAGAGCCAGGAAAGCAUGGUAUGGCGGCGAGCACCCGGCCAUCGCCGAAAUCCUCAACGACUUGGCUGGCUUGCUACUGAAUGGCAAGAGUGAGUCCAGACUUCGAGAAGCAGAACAGCUAUACCGACAGGCCCUGGACAUCCGGCGAAAGACGGUGGGACCAGAGCACAUUCUAACAGCCACAACCCUGUAUCACCUAGGCAAGCAUUUGGCAGCCAGAGAUGCAUGUGCACAGGAGGAAGCGGUGCAGCUACUACGCACAUCGCUGUCUAUACGUUCAAGCAAGCUCGGUGAAUCCCAUGUGAUAACGAAGGCGGUUGCCCGUCGCCUUGGGCAGCUUGAGGACCUCAUGUCUUCAAGACGCGCCAGUGCCAACCAAUGUGCCAGUGGCACAGAUACACAACAGCCGGGUAGAGGACGUGGCCGCAGGGGCUCCUGGGAUCACAGCACGCGCCAGCGUGGCGGGUCUUACGACAACCGGCGCAGGAGUGCUGGUGACAUUGCAGGUGGUGUGAGCACGGCCAACGACCAUCGUGGACGAAGUGAGACUCGACGUAGAGGCCAUCAGCACGGUGGCUCGGCCAGCCAGGAUGAGUACGCAGCCACAGGUGGCCGCGGUCAGUCAUAUCCUCGGCGGGGCCGCCAUCAUUCUUCACAGCGCCCAGUGGAUAACACUCCCUGGCAAGGAGAUAAGCCACGAGGGAGAGGAUCAAGAGGGGCCAGUGAUGAGAGGCGUCUUACUCGUCAGUCGGCCAGUGCAGGUGCGAGUGCCUGGGGAAGCAAACCAGCGCAGAGCAGUCAGGGUGGUGAUCACUACAAUGAUGGAGGCGACGGCGAUGGAUGGGAGGUGGCUGGGCGCCAGCGCAGUCGCAAUGCACGGACAGCAAGAUAACCGUGUGUACUCGUGGAUAAAUAUCAGACACCGGGACACUGCAACUUGAUUGCAGGUAUGUGGACGGUUGGAUAGAUCGAGUUUUAGAGCUCAGCAUGACGGCUGCUGAGUCAUGGCUCGGAGCGUUGCCUUGACCAGCUCUUGCUUGGGAGAAAUGUUUAGGUAUAGGGUUAAGUUUGUUGAAACAAACCAGGUACCUAUGGCUACAGGUACCUAUGGCUACAGGUACCUAUGGCUACAGGUACCUAUGGCUAUGGAUGCCUCUUGACACAGAAACUACCGUGUAAUAGCUAGAAUAUUAAUAAAAAAUAAUAAUACUAUUGGUGUAGAAAGGAAAAGGAUAUAUGGAUACGAGUUAAGAGUAACUCUCCAUCAAUGUAACCAGACACUAUUAUACAGUCAGAAAGUGCAACAACUAGGCACAAAACUGACAGAGUACUGAGACAUUUUCCUUUCUACAUUUAUUAUUGGCUUAACAUCCGAGUUUCAAAUACUAUUGGUGAGUUACAUUUAGCACCGGACCACCAUUGAGAAGAUAGGUAGUGUUACCAUGGUUACCUGCCUUUAGGUAGAACUAUCCCUACAACAGAUUAUUUUGCAGAACAUAAUUGCAUAGUUUCUUUCCCUCAGAAAAAAUAAUUAUUUGAUCAACUGAAAAAAAGAAAUUUAUGAAGAUUUUUUAUAGCUUUUCUCCUUGUAGCAUAUUCCAACACCAAAUCAUGAUACAGAUCUUGAGUCUUUUGAUCACUGGAUAUCCCUAUACUCACUUACUAGUUUCCACUGCUGCAUUAUUGCAAGAGAAUCAUGCUUAGGUCAACACCAUGUCCACAGAGUGGUCUUUCUCUUCCCUCUGA